AUGGAGGGUUUGGUGGUGGACCCUUCGGAGGUCACGGGGGAGGAUUUGGAGGAGGAUCCUUUGGAAGAAGUUCCUCCGGAGGAUACGGCUCUAGAGGUUUCUCCAGUGGUAGUCACGGAAGUUCCUUCGGAGGUCAUGGAGGAGGAUUUGGAGGAGGGUCCUUCGGGGGAGGAUUUGGGGGAAGGUCCUUUGGAGGAGGUUCCUCAGGAGGUUAUGGCUCAAGAGGUGGAUUCUCUAGUGGAGGGCAAUUUGGAGGAGGCUUCUCCGGCGGUCAUGGAGGCGCAUCCUUUGGAGGGAGGAGCUCAUUCUCCAGGGGCGAAAUUACUCUUCGUCUGCAUUGGGGCUGUCCUCUUGGCUGUCUGCCAGGCAGGGGGAGGAGGGGGUGGAUUCGGUGGCGGACAUGGAGGGUUUGGUGGUGGAUCCUUCGGAGGUCACGGGGGAGGAUUCGGGGGAGGGUUCUUUGGAAGAAGUUCCUCCGGAGGAUACGGCUCUAGAGGUUUCUCCAGCGGUGGUCACGGAGGUUCCUUCGGAGGUCAUGGAGGAUCCUUUGGAGAUGGAUCCUUUGGAGGAGGGUCGUUCGGAGGAGGAUUUGGAGGAAGGUCCUUUGGAGGAGGUUCAUCUGGAGGAUACGGCUCUAGAGGUCUCUCCAGUGGUAGUCACGGAAGUUCCUUCGGAGGUCAUGGAGGAGGAUUUGGUGGAGGGUCCCUCGGAGGAGGAUUUGGAGGAAGGUCCUUUGGCGGGCAAUUUGGAGGAGGCUUCUCCGGCGGUCAUGGAGGCGGAUCCUUUGGAGGGAGGAGCUCAUUCUCCAGGGGCGGUGGAUAUGGAAAAUAGAGUUCACUGAAAAGCUGAUAAUAAACAAAAAGUAAUUUCUCAAGAUUAUUUUACA